AUGUCGCAGAUUGAUUCUGUGAAACCAAAGUUCUGUCCGCAAUGUCAGCGGAUUAUGCUCCAACAGAAUUGCGGAGACGAUUUAUACUUUGUGUGUAGGAAUGGAGAGUGCAAUUACUACGAAAAAUGGAAGGACCCCAAAGAUUUUUGUGUGUACAUGAAAUCGUUUAGUGAGACGAAAACAACAACCGACUCGGCAGAUGUCAGUAAAGACCCGACAUAUCCUAAAGCGCGCGUGUUUUGUUCAAAAUGUGAUUGCGAGGUCGACGCUGUUUACUAUUUCUCUGCUCAUUGGAACUACAACUGUUCCCUUCAAAUCUUUUAUAAGUGCACCAUAUGCAGCUAUAGUUGGGCCGAAGGUGGAGCGCCACUGAAAAAGGAUAAGUGA